AUUUUUGCUUUUUUUUUUUUUUUUUUUUUUUCGUUUUUUUUUCUUUUUUUUGUCUUAAGCUCAAAAGAAUCUGUGUCUACUACGUUCUUAAGUAAAAACAGCUUACACAACAGCCUUAAAUUCGUAGUAUACAUUUAACCACGUAUCUAUCACAACUCCUCGUACUACUCUCUCCCUCGUUCUCGUCCAUACCAUUUUUUUUUUCUUUUUUUUUUUUUUAUCGUGGCGCGAUGUCUAUAUAUCCUACUACUAUACCGUCCUGGAGUCGAAAAGCAAGAACUGACCGAUUUCGUGUUGUUAAUUUUUCUCUUUGCUCCAUAACCGUUUCAGAUGUCGGUGGUGCCUUUGAUAUUUCGUGACUGGUGGGACGAUUUCGAUCGACCUGUGUCCCGAAUAAUGGACCAACACUUCGGCAGAGGGCUGAAUCGCGACGACCUGAUAUCAAGGUUCUCCGAACUCAGCAACCUCGACAGACCUCUUCGCUCGAUAUUUCGCGACAGGUACUACCGUCCAUGGAGGAACGUGGUACGUCAGCAAUCGGGCGGAGCAAGCACGAUUCAGAUCGACGGCAAGGACAAUUUCCAGGUAAUACUGGACGUUCAACAAUUUUCACCGGAGGAGAUCACGGUGAAGACGGUCGGUAACAACGUUAUUGUCGAAGCCAAACACGAGGAGAGGCAAGACGAGCACGGAUUUGUCAGCAGACACUUCAUACGGAGAUACGUCUUGCCUCCAUCUCACGACGUGAUCGAUAUUACCUCGAGCCUUUCUUCGGAUGGUGUUUUAACUAUCACGGCACCCAAAAAGGGAGAAACGCCUAGCGAAACUGGACGAAUCAUCGAUAUCGUGAAAACAGGAGAACCAGCAAGUAAACCAAUCAAAGUAGAAACGACCACGGAAGAAAAGUAAUAUUGCCCCCGAAAUAUUUUCUAACGCAAUAAUUAUCCAUUAUUUUUUACAUUUAAGCAUUACGUAGUCAUACGUAUUACCAUAAUGUA